GGCACUUUUAAUUUAUUUCGUGCAAAACUUCUCGCGUUAAGAAAGUGCGCUAGAGUGAACUAUUUUCUCUGAGCAUUACAUUACGAAGUUCUCAGCAAAACCGGUCAGUGUGAUACAAGAACCAUGUUCGGCGACACGGAACUGGUGGGUAAAACCCAAGAGAAAAGGAACUGGCGAGGCAUCAUCAUUGCACUUCUGGUAAUCUUGACGGUGAUCGCCUUGAUAGUUACUGCAACCAUACUGGUAACACCGAAGACGGUGGAUGAGAUUGUAAAGAAGAAGCUAGACUUUAGGGGAUUCAUCAAAGGCGAAUAUGAACCAAAAACGUUCAAUCCUACCAUGAUUAAAGGCGAGGAUGCAUUUUUGUAUCGAUCCAGAGAUGGCGGCGUCUACAAGUAUGAUUGCAAGGCAAACAUAACGCAGCCUCUGUUUGAUAAUUCGUCAUUCAAAGGAUUGAAUACAGAUCAGUUCAGCAUAUCCGCCGAUGGGAUGUUCGCCCUUUUCCAGUAUAACAUUUAUAACGUUUACCGACAUUCCACAUUAUCCAAGUAUAAAGUCAUCAAUAUAACCACGAAACAAUCACAUAGCCUUGUCGGGGUCCAUGGAGACCAGUUUCAGACGGUGAGUUGGUCCCCGGUCGGGCAUAGUUUGGUUUUCGUGCAAUACAACGACCUUUACUAUAUGCGGGACCCAACACGCAGAGAUGUUAUUAAGCUCACAUUUGGUGGCUUUGAAGACAUCGAGAGAAUCUUCAACGGCGUCCCAGAUUGGGUUUAUGAGGAGGAAAUACUGCGUUCCAAUUCGGCCUUCUGGUUCUCUCCCGACGGCUCGUAUAUCCUUUACGCCUCUUUUGACGACAGAGAUGUGAUGACGUACGAAAUUGCGAUGUAUGACGCCACUGGAGACGAAUUUGGCAGAACUGAACAUCUUGCCUAUCCGAAGCCAGGAACGCCAAACCCGAAGGUAGCGCUAAAGGUCGUCCAUUUAAUUUCUAACGCCACAUCAACGAUUCCGGUUCCAACUGAGAUCAAAAACAUCGAUUACUACUUCACUGCCGUCACGUGGCAGGAUGAAAGUCACGUGCUGGUCACGUGGAUGAAUCGUGCGCAGAACAUGUCCAUUUUAUCACUAUGCGAGGCUAACGGAGCUACGUGCAAAAAGAAUUUGAGAGUGGAAUCACCAACGGGUUGGGUCGACCUGUUUCGAUCCGUGGUGUUCAAGCCGGAUGGUAGCAAGUACUUCCUUAUCUUGCCGCAAACCGACGGCGCCGCCGGCAGCUUUCAGCACAUCGCCAUGGUUGACUCCGACAGCGACAUUACGGGAACAUUUAGCGAUGGUUCCAAAACAUUUAUAACAGCAGGACAGUGGGAUGUAUUUGACAUUGUAGGAUACGACAAUAGCCUCGAGCAAAUAUAUUUUACUGCUACAAAUAUGGACGACCCAACGGAGAAGCAUUUAUAUAGAGCGACGGUCCAAAAAGACAGCCCUGACUUCAAAUCGAUUAAAUGCUUGUCUUGUGAUGUCUCGAAAGACUGCCUGUACGUCGACGCUACGUUUACGUCGUCUGGAAAAUACUACAUACUUGCCUGCAAAGGACCAGGGAUUCCUAUAUACUAUCUUUACUCCACUGAAAAUGGAUUAGUGACAGUCCUCGAGGACAAUGCGGACUUGCGGACCAAACUGGAAGAUUAUUCAUUGGCUGUGGAGGAGUUUCUUAAGCUUCCCAUCGACAAAGAGGAGACCGAUCACAUGUGGGUCAAGGCUUUAUUACCUCCAGUACUUAGGAAGGAAGAAAUAACGACAUACAACAUCUUAUUUAAAGUAAAUGGUUCGCCUGGAACUCAGCUCGUCACCAAGGAGUUUAAUAUCGGAUGGGAGCAGUACCUGUGCAGUUGUCAUAGCGUCAUUAUUGUGUUUGUCGAUGGGCGUGGUUCUGGGGGGCGUGGCAACAGGUGGAUGCAUGCCGUGUAUAAACAGCUGGGCCAACUGGAGGCAGAUGAUAUCAUUACCGCUGCUAAUCACUUUAACAACCUACAUUAUGUGAACGAAAAUACCACUGUAUGGGGCGCAUCCUACGGUGGGUUUCUGGCGGCGUCCGUUAUAGCGCGCGCAUCGAAUGCGUUCCGAUGCGGUAUGGCUGUUUCCCCGGUAACAGAUUGGCGUUACUAUGAUUCCGUUUUUACUGAGCGUUACAUGGGUCUGCCUACAGCCAACGAUAAUCUUGGAGGUUAUAACGCGGCGAACAUAUCAAAAUAUGCAUCCAACUUCAAGUCCGCUAGAUUUAUGAUUUUACAUGGAACCGGUGAUGAUAACGUACACUUCCAGAAUUCUGCUCAACUUAUAAAAGCAUUAGUGGAAGAAGAUGUUUACUUCCGCCAACAGAUAUACCCCGACGAGAACCAUUUCCUGAACGGGCAAAGCACUAAAAUUCAUCUGUAUAACACCAUGGAGGACUUCAUACUGCAUUGUUACGGCAAACCGAAGAGCAUCAUUGAGUUCAUUAGUGAGCCGUCUGAGAAAGAUGUGGAUCCACCGGAAGAAGAGGAAACAGAAUAAAGGCAUUCAUACGAGGAAUACAAAAACAUGAUGCGAUGAAAUUACACCAUUUGCGUUAAAUUGAAUGGAAAAUGGACUUCUUGCCAUGCAAAGAUGUAGCUAAAAGUGUCUUAGAUGAAGCAUACCCCACACUUUAAGGCAUGUCACGCUUUAAAAAAAAACGAGACGUAUUUUGCCAAUGAGUGAUGUUGGUUAAAAUGACUUUAUAUUAUUAUCUUUAAAUAUUUAUAUACAUUAGACACUUAUAAGAAUGACGAUUUGUUCAUUUGGGAAAGGCUUUGUAAAUCACAAGGAAAACAACUGAUGACGAGGUGCUCCAGACAUCUAGAAAUAUGCGAAUUGAAACGAGUAAAGUGUGGAGUGUUACUACACUGAAUGUAUCAACAAUGCAUAAUGUGGAAAUAUGAAGCAAACACAUUUGAAUUGAGAUUACGCGAACGACUAUGGGUUUCAAAUGAGUGAAGUCGCUUAUGCUUGUUACAGAAAAGUGUGAUAUUCACAAAAAUGCAAAUAAGAACAUGAGUGCAAACGGAUAUAGUGAGUAUUUGGCUAGUUUUCUUGAACUCAAAUAAUAAUGAAAUGAAAGCAUUUUGUUAGGACCAAACAUGACUUACACUGCAAGGAUUAGAUUCGAAUAUUGGACUAUUCAGUUGGAUUGAUCUCUUUUCCGCCUUCUGACGUCGCUGUACAGAUAAAGUAAACUCAAAGUGAUGUCUAUGAUAAAAAAGAUUUGCAGAGCAAACAAACACGCAAACGCUUUAUGUUAUUAUCACUGUAACACAUGUAACCUUUAUAAUAAGUUUAGAAACAACAUUGUCUGUAACUUUAAUCAAAACUUUUUAAACAAACAGCUGAAUAUUGAUUUUUAACCUUAGCAGUGUCAGUUAUAUGUGUAUGAAAAGUUGGAUGCGUUUUAUGCAAUAAAUCGUCUUAUAUAACUUAAAUCUAAACCAUGUUGCAAAUUUGUUCCGAUUCGUUAAAAGUAUUGACUUAUGCUGUACAGCAAAAACCAUAUAUCUGCCAAAGUUAUAACGUGUGCAAUAUUUCAUUAACAAUACUGAUAUUUUGAUUGUGUUAUUAUAAUUAUAUUCGUAAUGUCUAAUACAUAACGUUAUGUUGUUUACAAAAUAUGUUAGGACUGAAUUUAUACCAUUUUGUUUCUCAAAUUACUAUCAGCAAUUGUUGUGCAAUCAUUUUUGUUUGUGUUAAUUUAUGAAUACUACUGCUAUUAUAUAAGAUUUUUUUCUUCUUCUUCUUCUACUUCGUCUUCUUCUUAUUAUUAUUCUCUUGUCCUUCCUCCUUGUCGUCCCAUUAUUUUUCUUCUCUUUAUUCUUAUUAUUAUAAUGAUAAUAAUUAGUUGUAUUGUUGUUGUUAAUCAUUAUAAUCAUAACAUUAUUAUUAGUAUUAUAUCUAAUAUCAUUACCAUUAUUACUAUUAUUGUUAUUAUUUAUAUCAAUAUUUUUUAAUUAUUUAUAGACACCCGAAAAUCAAUACAUACAAUUGUAAAUUGUUAUGCAAUUGUCAGGCCAUUGACAACUGUUCUGACUUGUAUUUGUACAACUCCUCAUCUCUGAAGAUGCGUUUUAAUGAGCCUAGCCAAGAAUGUGCAUGUAUAAUCAGGUUAAAGACAAUAAAAAAUUCAUGGAAUCGGCCAUUAUCCAAAUCGUACGCUUGUCAGGCCAUAACUGUACAUACAUGUUGUAUAUGUUUUACCUCUUUCCCACUUAAAAACGUAUUUUGACGUGUUUGUAGUCUCUUAAAAAGUUGCAUUUAAUUGAAGGCCUUUCUUACUAGAUUCAAGAUGUAAAGGCUUCAUUUCCAACCCUUAGAUACUGAUGAGCAGCAAACAGCAUAAAACCUGAACAGAAUACUAGUUACUCACAGGCUAUUCAGGUUUAUGCUGUUUGGACAUUUUCACUUUGCCUUUGAGUGGGAAAGGGUUAACUCAAACAAGUACAUGUAGUGAACAUAAAGUAAUUUCCUUUCUGAUUUAAACAAAUACGCUUCGCGUGUGAAUGCUUUAUGUGGUAAAGUGACACUGCAUUUAAGAUAGACGUUAAGUCAUAAUCAAACCGAAUAACCAUAAACUUAAAAGGCCUAUUUUUUCCUUAAUUUAAAGAUGAUUAAACCAAAUUGUGUUCAAUACAUACCAUUUUAGUAUUUGCAUUAGUUUGAAACUCUACAACGGACCUAUCACACAAUGUUGUAUAUAAACAACUCAUUUUUGUCACGUUUUAAGUUUACCAUCGCUGUCUGUAAAUCGAAUGUUUCAUAAAGUACACCGAUUCAGAAUGAUGCUGCACUUGACAAAAUGCAUGUGGUGUUGUACGGUGGCACUAAGGUGACAUCACCGCUCAAAAAACAAAAAGUCGGGAAAACACAAGUUCUGCUUUCCCGUCUCUAAAAACUAUUAACUAUUGAAAACAGACUUAAUUUGUGUUUCCCCGAGUUAAAUUUUUUUAGUCUUCUUUUUUGGGGGAGCGGUGAUGUCACCUUAGGGCCACCGUAGUAUUGUCAUAGACCAUGUUUUAAGUUACCGCGAUGACCUGUUGUGUAGAAGUCCCUUUAGUUUCUAGUUAAAGAUUUGUAUUAUUGAUAAAAAAGCCAUCAAAUGUAUGAACUAACGAAACUAAAAUAGUUGGAAUAGUCUUAAUUUCAUAAGCAAGAAAAAGUUUGAUAAAAAUUCCUUCAUCGGGAUUUUUACACGGGACAUCCGGAAGCUAACCCAGCUUUAUUGUUAAAAGUUAACAGCGUUUUUUAAACCAUAUUUUUGCAAACGCAUGUUUUGCAGGUUAUUGAUAAAAAACUUUACAAAUGCUGUAUUUUUUACCAUUUUCGAUUUAUAUUUAUCCAUAUACAAACACAUUAGUUUACAUGUUUCUUAUUUUGUCA